CGACCGCCUCGACAAACCGUACCAGCGACACGUAUCCAAAAGAUACCCUAUGCUGGCAGCACAAGUCAUCUUGGCCCCGAUGAUCAUCAACCCCUAUUGGAGACCAAUCCUGCACCAAUGACUUGAUCUACCUGAUUUUGACCGCGUAGGUACAUAACCUUAUCUCGUUAGAAAGCUGGGUCAUCCACCGGGACAUUCAGGUCCAUGUUCCCCAGGCCAGUAAGCACGCCCGCCACUCCAUACGCCCUGAAUGAUCAAGGCCACGGGGGAUGCUCCACCUUAACCAUGAACCUCCCCAACGGUCACCAGAACCGGGACUCGUCAUUGGGCAAGAUGGGAUGCCGAAAAAUCAGGGCUGGCCAAGCUAUGGUUCAUGUCCCCGCCUACCCCAAAUCCCCAUCAUUUCCCCAAAGCCUCAAAGAUCUCUCGGACGAUAGGGAGUAAUCAACCGUCAUGGUGGGUUUGGAUUCUGCCGC